AAAUGGUUUCUCCUACGCUGGUAAUGACUGGGAGCCCUAGCUCUGUUCGCUCGAGUAGCUUAGACAGACUUCAUACUCCACACUUACUCUCCACGCCGGUCGUCGUUCACCGCUUGCCGCAACAACUCCGGUUAUUGGGUCUCCAUCAUUCAGAUAGUUGAACUCUUGAUUGAGCUGUCUUGGCGUUUUAGACAGUGCAGAUUUUUGGUUUUGGAUCUAUUCGCGACAUGAACUUGAAGCAGUUAGUUAGUAGACGAAGUAUCACCUCUUUAUCAAGGUUCAAUGGGAGAUUGCUGUAUAUGUACCCAUACUGUAUUAGCAGAGAUUUCUGUGCUAUUUCAGCCUCUUCCACUCGUAUGAUUUCUCCCUCAAGCAUUGUUGACCGAACUUUUCCCCAUAACCCUAAAUUGUCAGAACAUUUUUUUUUCUUCAAGAGAUGCUUGCAUUUUGCUCAGCAAACUACGCUAAGCGAAUUGAGUUUUAAGCCAAAAUUCAAUUUUAAUGAUUCUGAGGAGGACGAUGGAACCAUGAAUGAGUUCUUAUCACGAUUUGUGUGGAUAAUGCGUGGGAAGUUAUCUGAAGUGUACACAGAUUGUAAUAAACAGACAAUUGACAGUAUGCUCUUAAUUAUAGUUGGCAAAGUCGUGUCCGAAAUGGAAAAGAGUAGCCUAGAGCAGAUGCUUGGUGCGACAAUGGCCAUCCCAUCACAGGAUUUCAGUGAGGAUUUGUGGAAAACAGUGUGGGAAGUGAGUAACUCAGUGUUGGAGGAUAUGGACAAAGAAAGGAAGAAGGAAAAGAUGAAGGGGUUCUUGCAGUCUGAGGAGGUAAAGGAAAUGUGCAGGUUUGCUGGCGAGAUUGGCAUACGUGGGGACAUGCUGAGGGAGCUCAGAUUCAAAUGGGCUCGUGAAAAAAUGGAAGAAAGUGAGUUUUAUGCAAGUUUAGAGAAGCUUAGAGAAGAAGAAAAAGUGCAAGAAAAAGAGGAAACAGAUGGCAAGACUGCUGAGACCGUCAGUGAAAUGGCUAUCAUGGGUGAUGAUAAACCAAAGUUGAUAUCCCUUCCUAAGAGGCAUGGAAAGAUAAGAUACAAAAUUUACGGACUUGAUCUUUCUGAUCCAAAGUGGGCUGAAGUUGCUGAUAAGAUCCAUGAGACAGGAGAGAUUAUUUGGCCUCAGGAACCUAAGCCUAUACAUGGUAGAAGUAAACUGGUUACUGAGAAAAUUCUUUCACUAAGAGAGGAGGAUGACCCUUCCCCAUUGUUGGCCGAAUGGGCUGAGCUUCUACAACCAAGCAGGAUUGAUUGGGUGACUUUGCUUGAUAAGUUGAAAGAAAAGAAUACAUCUUUAUAUUUCAAGGUAGCUGAAAUUUUGUUGAGUGAAAAAUCUUACCAACCAAAUAUUCGUGACUACUCUGUGCUCAUUGAUUCCCAUGCUAAUGAGAAUCGCUUAGAAGAUGCUGAGAGGAUUCUUAAGAAAAUGAAUGAAGUUGGUAUUCUACCUGAUAUGAUAAUAUCCAAAGUUUUAGUGCACAUGUACAGCAAGGCAGGCUAUCUGGACCGUGCUAAAGAAGUAUUUGAAAGCCUGAGGAGCUUUGGUUUCCAACUGGACGCGAAGGUCUACAAUUCAAUGAUCAUGGCAUAUAUUAAUGCUGGCCAACCCAAGGUGGGUGAGUCAUUGAUGAGAGAGAUGGAGGCAAGAGACGUGAAGCCUACAGAGGAGAUUUACAUGGCAUUCCUUCGCUCAUUUGCACAACAUGGCGAUGUUAGUGGAGCUGGUCGAAUUGCAACCACCAUGCAGUUUGCUGGUUUCCAGCCAAGUUUGGAGACUUGUACAUUGCUUGUCGAAGCACAUGGACGAGCAGGUGAUCCUGAUCAGGCAAGGAACAAUUUUAACUAUAUGAUAAAAGUUGGACAUAAGCCUGAUGACAGGUGCACUGCUAUCAUGAUUGAAGCUUAUGAGAAGAAGAAUUUGUUGGAUAAGGCCUUAGACCUUUUGUUGCAGCUUGAGAAUAAUGGGUUUGAGCCAGGACCUGCUACUUGCGCUGUUCUUGUUGAUUGGUUGGGUAAAUUGCAGUUGGUUAAUGAGGCCGAGGAACUACUGAAUAAGAUUUCUGAGCAGGGUGAAGCUCCUCCGUUUAAGAUUCAUGUAAGCCUUUGUGAUAUGUACGCAAGAGCUGGAAUGGAGAAAAAGGCUCUUCAAGCCCUAGGUGUUCUGGAAUCUAAGAAGGAGCAAUUAGGAUCAGAUGAUUUUGAGAGGGUUAUAAAUGGGCUUAUUGCGGGAAGUUUUGUCCAGGAUGCUCAUAGGAUCCAUGGGCUGAUGGAGUCUCAGGGCUUUACUGCAUCAGAGCAUCUAAAGGUGGCAUUAAUGGCAUCCCGAGCUUUUGGUGGCCGCAAGUGACAUACAACAUUAGAGCUCAGCGAUCUUUUAAUGCUUUGGUUGCCAGAGAGAAUCAAGAAAACUGGUUUGGUAUUUGUCUACAGACUUGAAUAUACUUCAUAGGUGGAAGGUGAUUGACAAAAGAGCUAGAGAUAACGUCUUCUCUGCCUUACCAUAUCAAGCCUCACAAGUAAAUUUUGCCAUGAGUUUUACGGGCAUGUUGUCAUAAGGCAUUAACUUGUUCUAUUGAAGAUUCAAUGACCCUUUAUAAUAAUUGGUUGAAAAAGCUAUGUUGUUUUAUUGGGAAUUAGUUGAGCACAUGGUUUUGAGCAUAAUUUGUUGGUUUUGAGCAUAAUUUGUAUCAGUAUGUUGGAAUCCCCAACUCCCUUCAUUUAUCGUGCACAUGAUUCAUACAAACAGGCGCACUCACAGAUUUGAAGCACAGAGCCUCAUAUUUUCCUUUAUUUGAU